UCGUCUGCAGAGGAGCGUCUCGGUGCCACGGCUGAAUUUUAAUACCGAAAGUGUCCCACAGCACGUAAGCCGCUGAAAUGGCCGCAACGGCUCCAGAAGAAACACCAGCGCUGACUGUUGACACCGAUGUACCGCCCGCAGAGACGAAGGACGGCGGCGUCGAGGAGAAAGAAAAGGCCCCCGCCGAGCCGGAAAGAGAGGAACCAGGCGGUAGCGUAGAACCGAAAAUGGAAGAGGCGGACACGGAGGCCGGCGAGGAGAAGCCCGCUGCGGCGGCAGACAAGGCCGCGAGCGAGGCGGUGACAGACGACGGUGCUGUAACGGCGAACCAGGAGGCGGAGGAGGCGGCGGCGGUAGCUGCUCCUGAAGAACCGGAGCAAAAACCGGAGUCCCAGCCAAGCCCGGGGGAAGGUAACACCGAACCAGCCAGCGACACCGCGUUGAAAGAAGCGAAGGAGGAGCCCGGGGAGGACAGCCGGUGCUCGGGGAUAAACUGCGAGAAGAGCAAAACAGUUUGUGAAGAUGGUGAGAAAGCCGGAGGCGGGGAGCUGGGCGACAAGAGGCGGCCGAGUGUGGAGAUAUCAUCCUCAGAUGGUGAACCGUUGAGCCGUAUGGACUCGGAGGACAGUAUCAGCAGUACCCUGAUGGAGAUGGAGAGCAUGGGGUCGAGUGGGCGCUCCACCCCAGCUAUGAUGAACGGACAGGGCAGCUCCAGCUCCUCUGGGACUAAGACAGUGGCUUACCCCUGCUGCUGGGACCUCUGUCCCCAGUACUUCAACUCAAGUCCUGAUCUGGCCGAACACAUCAGGGGCAUUCACGUGGAUGGGCAGAGAGGAGGGGUGUUUGUGUGUCUGUGGAAGGGCUGUAAGGUGUAUAACACACCGUCCACCAGUCAGAGUUGGCUCCAGAGGCACAUGUUGACCCACAGUGGAGAUAAGCCCUUCAAGUGUGUAGUUGGUGGCUGCAACGCCAGCUUUGCUUCCCAAGGAGGUUUAGCUCGCCACGUCCCCAGCCACUUCAGCCAGCAGAGCUCUUCCAAAAUGUCCAGCCAGGCCAAACUCAAGGAGGAGUCCCCCUCCAAGGCCGGACUCAACAAGAGGAAGAAACUCAGGAACAAACGCAGGUGCUCCCUACCGAGGCCCCACGACUUCUUCGAUGCCCAAACCAUGGACGCUAUUCGCCACAGGGCCAUCUGUCUCAACCUCGCCACCCACAUCGAAAGUGUGGGCAAUGGCCACAGUGUGGUCUUCCACAGCACGGUGCUAGCCAGAAGGAAAGAGGGGUCUGGCAAGGUGAAGGUCCUCCUACAUUGGACCCCGGAAGAUAUACUACCUGACGUGUGGGUGAAUGAAACGGAGCGAUCUCAGCUGAAGACUAAAGUGGUGCACCUAUCCCAGUUACCGCAGGACACUGCCAUGCUGCUAGACCCAAACAUCUAUAGAGCACUUCCUCAAAAGCGGCUGAAGCGCAGCCUGUAAGGAGUCAUCUGUGGACUUGAUACUUGUGGGGAAAUGCUUGUUCAUGGGAGGUUUAUCUAUAUGGGAUGGGACGCUCUUCAUCUGUCUCUGCCGAACGGGGGGAGUGAAGUGGCGAUAAAGGGAAGUGAAACUUGGCAAUGCUGCAGUUUUUUCUCCCUCUUACUUUUGUAUAUCUGAACAACUGUUGUAGCCAAGUGCGGCGGAGAAUGGGACUAACAGUUUUUAAAAAGUUUAAUGAAUGUUUUUAUAACAAGCACCAAACUGAAAAUAUUAAUACCCAUGGUGUAAAAAAAAGACUGUUUUGUGUAACCUUGUCAGAAAAUACAGCAUAUUUUAUAACUGUUUUUGUGUAAAAUAUUUAUGCAGAUUUGUAACUUAUUUUUAUACCAUGAAAAUGCUGUUGUACUGUGGACUUUUGUGAAGGUUUUAAUAGAACCGUAUUUACUGUGAUAAUCUAUGGUAACUGUCACUUGUAGGAAUAUUUGGAAAUUUCUAGUUGUAAGUACGUUGAACAUGACAGAAGUCUUAACAGAUUAUCUUAUUUAAAUUUACUGAAUGCAGUACUUUUACUCAUGUGUAUGACAAUGAAGUUUGAAGUUGUACCAGUCAUGUCAGACAUGACUUAAUCUUGACCAGUUUGUGGAGAGUACAGCAUAGAAAUGACUUUUCAGGACACACAAGUGUAAAGGCCCAGACACACCAAACCGACAUCGAAGAACUAGCGGCGACGAAGGCCGACUGUUGCAUCGUCUCAUGUCACCUGUGUAUCGGCCAAAAAGUUGCACUUGAACACACUGCAAAGACUGUGGCUGACAGCCAACUCGGACGUAUGCUCUGCACCCGCAAGAGAGGAAAUAAUUCUCCAUUCCAGCAGACGGUGGUCGUCUGUAUUUGUCGUUCAAAAGAGGAAACCGGAAGACUGACAGGAGGAUUCAAGAUGCUAGUUAGCACAUUAACAACACAACUUAAUGUUAAAAGAACAAAUUGUAUUUAGCGUGUGCUAGCAAACAAUAGCACAAACAAUCACGGACUGUUUCUGCUUGAUGGCGAAAAAAAAAAAUCUUAACUAAUAUAACAAGUUAGUUUCAACCUCACGGCCUCCUGACUGUAGCCUUUUGCUUGCAUUCCUCACUUCCGUUUCUCCUCUUGUGCACUGAGCUGAACUCCCAAUCAGAGGGAUUUCUCUCACCGAUGGACUGUGCCGGUUCUGCAGCCGAUUCAACAAGCUGAAUUGGCUGAAAAAGAGCCAGCAAAGGCCUGCUUGUGCCAACGGUGCAGGACACACUUCAAAAAUUAGGGCGACAGAUGCUCACCGAUGGCCCAACCGAUGGCUGACCGUCGGCCUGGUGUGUCAGGACCGUAAAUCACAACUUACCCGCACCACCUCCUCCUCCUCCACCUCCUCC